AUGGCGACUUCUUCCAAACCGGCAGAUGAAAGUUCGCGUCUAUAUGGCGCACUCCCGAAUGACCAGGACUUUGACUCGAUGAUAUCUGAUGCAAAGUUCACUGCAGAUACUAGAACCGAUUUCUACGACCGCAGUUUGACGAGUCGCAGAUAUGCCCUCGUCGGAGUGGCAUGCUCAAGAAUUGUCACUUUGAUCAAUCACGGAGUCUUCGGAGUAACCAUGACCAAGAUGCACGUAGUGAAUACGAGUGUUAAUCCGUUGCCCCUGCAAGGGGACAUAUUGGCCUUGGCACUUAAUUUAAUUGUCACAUCAUGCACCGAGUCUACAGGCCUCAUACAUGGCAUCUCAUUGCGCUCUGCACUAGCCUCAGAGUCUCGACUUCAUUUCAAUACCAAUCUGCGCCUUCUGACUGCAGCUCGUGGAUGGUAUAGCCCUAAUGGCACCCUGUUUAAUGGUAUCUCGGCUGUCCUCCUCAUUAUAUCCUAUAGCUCGGCCUCACUCGUCGUAUGUCUCGACGUUUCCUUCACAUAUGAUGUUCUUGCCAUUGCGGGGACUCCUCUCUUCGUUCUGGGCUUCGCACUCCUCCUCCAGGUGAUCAUCGCAUUGUCAGCGAUGCGGGCUGUCAAAAUAUUGACGUGGAGCUCCUCACCUUUCGACUUGACUGCCGCACUGGUCCAUCAUACGCAAUUGACCCCUGCUACUUUGCGGUGCAUGCAUUGUGUGUCUGACCUAGACACCGAUGGAGGUCCAGCGAAGCCUUCAGAAAUACAGCCCUCUGCGUGGCAUGCUCACCCUAGCAUCCGGAAAGUUGUGAUUUCUCUCUGGGUGAUCGUUGCAGCAUGCGCUGGAUGGGCCGCACUCGUCACAUAUAUUUCGCACAACCACUCCAAGGAUACUUCCAUCCCGAUGACCACAAAAACAUGGUCGUUCUUGCCCAACCAGUCGUCCAGUUACAUCUUGUAUUUUAUGCCGGGUGUCAAUCUUGAGGUGUGGAUUCUGCUCUUCGUCAACAUAGCAGUUAUACAGGGACCGUUGACACUUGGGCUACAUUGCUCGGAGCUCAUCGCGAAUGUCAUUCGAGACGAGAGACAGUGGAGAUGCGCUACCGGAAGGAAAGGACUUAGAACGAUGAUGAACCCAGUGAAGACAAUUUUCACUCGCCCGAUUUGUCUCAUACUUUUCCUUGCGAAGCCUUUCCUGCACUGGAUGUUUGGGCUUUCAUUCCAGAUAUAUAACGAUAUCUUUGACGGGGCACCACCAAGGUUGUCGAUCUGGAACUUAUGUAUAGCGCUGUUUAUAUUUGCCUCUUUCUUCACUUUCGUCGCACGGGGCCGACCGUGCGGUCCCCAGCCGGCUGCAUACGGCCACCUCCAGACGCUCGCCAACCUCGUGGACGAAUGGUCGCCUGUGAUGUGGUGGGGACACAAGGAGGACGGAAUCCCGUAUUGUCAUGCUGGGACAAGUGAUCACCCGCUACCGGAUGUGAAGAUGGACUGUGUUUAUGCUAGUUCUGGUGCUGGGCCUCUUGUACCUUUCUCGUGAGAGAGGAACUAUAUCCAUGUCAGGCUGGCCAUGCAUUCACGGUGCACACAACCAGCCAUGCCGUUGAACGAUACACGUUCAAUUUUUAUGCUGCUUGUUGCAUUGUGGGUAGUUCGUCUUGUUCUCAUGCCAUUCAUAUCUGGGACAACUUUUGGCGGAGACACGUUAGAUUCGACCUUCAAGCAAUUGCUGAAUCGUUGUGAUUCUUUUUUUUCCGAUUUUAUGUCUAUUCAACAUGAGACUAUUCAGGACUGUCCCAGUACCUUAUCUAGUCUUGGAGCAUUAUGAUUUUGGUCGAUGAUC